AUGGGGCGUGUUGGCGUCUCCAUUCCGAAAGAGCGGUUCCUACUAUGUUUAAGCUUCAUUUACUUAUUUGCUUUUGCUUCUUUAUACAUUCAGCUUCCUGGGUUAUACAGUGAGAAUGGUGUGACACCUAUCCAAACUCUAUCAUUAAGUGCCCCAAAGGAUGCAUCAGACUUAAUUAAAAAUCUAAACGUCGUACGGCUUGCUGAAUUCUUGCAACUUGACUCUUACAAAUGUCUUGAGCUUGUAACUGUUGUGGGCAUUGUCUUGUCAUUCCUGUCGAGUUUUUCCACAGCCUUCCGGACGGGGCCAGUUUUCCUAGCCCUUUGGGUGCUGUAUCUAAGCGCCCUAAAGGUUGGCCAAACUUUUUUGUGGUUCCAAUGGGACAUCUUACUUUUGGAGUCCGGCUUUGUAGCAAUUCUCUUAUCAAGUUUCGGCGCAGUCAUAUCUCUUCCACGUAUGGUCGCUAGUGAUAAAAUAGGAAUGUGGUUGCUACGUUGGCUCCUAUUUCGGCUAAUGUUCUCAUCUGGUGUAGUUAAACUGACCAGCGACUGUCCUACUUGGUGGGGUUUAAAAGCAUUACAUUGGCACUAUCAAUCCCAGUGUAUUCCAACUCCAGUAGCUUGGUAUGCACAUCACCUCCCAGGAUGGAUUCAUAGCCUGUGUGUCGCAGCUACAUUCAUAAUCGAAAUCCCAUUGCCACUUUUGUUUUUCGUGCCUUUCCGAACUACACGUCUUGUAUCAUUUUAUUCACAGGUACUUCUGCAACUUUCGAUAAUAUUGACGGGAAACUACAAUUUCUUCAAUUUGCUAACCAUUGCUUUAUGUUAUUCCCUAUUGAAAGAUGAUGACUUCAAUCCUCGGCGCAGACGAAAGUGGACCGUGUCUGGAUUAUUGUCUUUUGCGGCUUCAUGGUUUCUUAUUAUCUCAGUGUUCGGGAUCAGUGGUUAUCUGCUCAAUUUUUCCAUUUCCAAUUAUUCAGUUAGUACCUCUGUCGGUUUCACCAAAAAGGAGUUCGCUUGGUUCGUAAACACAUCCGUCAAAUACAGUAUUUCUUUUGGUGUCGCAUUUUUCUGUGUAGAAGUUCUGCAUAGUAUAAUUAUAGCACUAAAUUCACAUCGGUUUUGGCGUAAACUCUAUGAGUUAUUCGGUGUUAUUAUCAUUGGUUUUAUUGGUUUUGCCAUACUUAUGGGUAGUUUGGUGCCAUUUGCAUCACUGGAUUCGACCAUACAAUUACCACCUCAAAUUCGUCAAGUUUAUAAACAUUUACAACCGUAUUACAUUACCAAUAGUUAUGGUCUUUUCCGCCGAAUGACUGGAGUUGGUGGUCGACCUGAACUUAUCUUGGAGGCGGCAUCAAAUCCAACUGGUCCAUGGUAUGAAUACGAAUUUAAUUUCAAACCUGGUCGUAUAGAUAGAACUCCUCCAGUUGUUAUCCCACACCAGCCUCGUUUGGAUUGGCAAAUGUGGUUUGCUGCGCUCACGAACUAUCGUAAUCAUCCGUGGUUGAUGAAUUUAGUUUAUCGAUUACUGAAUCAACAAACUGAGGUCUUGGAACUGCUCGAUCCAUCUAGUGUGCCGAAUAAUCCAAAAUAUAUUCGAGCUCAUCUGUAUACCUACCAUUUCACUGAUUCUUUUGAUAGCAAAGAUUGGUGGAAACGUACAUUCAAAUCUGAAUACUUACCACCGGUCACAUUGUCUUCUGAAAUAUUACGUAACGCUGUUGAAGAAAAUGGUUUAGUAGGAAAGCGCCGUCUUCGUCCACACGAUCCAACAAUUGUAUCGGCUUUCUUAACUGGUCUACGGAGUUUUAUUGGACAACCGCGUGAUUUAUCUCCAUUGAUUAUGGUAUGCUUAGUGUUGGCAAUAACUAAGUAUGCAUUUAAUCGAGCUGACCAAUCGGCUAGAAUAACUAAUCAAAAUAAAGCUUGA